CCACAUUUUCACUGAUUUGAGCAGAGAACGCAGAGAGAAGAAAGAGGGAGAAUCACAGAGAUGUUUAGCCUUGCCAUUGCUUCACCUUCAAGCCUCAAAAUCCCUCCCAAGACUACCUCCACAUUUCCCAAAUCCUCCUUCAAUGGAAUCCGAAUCCCCACUCCCUACAAGCCGUCGUUCCGAAGCCCUUCUUCUUCUUCAUCGGUGGUCAUGAUGGCAAAGAGGGAGGAAGAGCUCAAAGAGAUCAGGGCCAAAACCACAGAAGAGCUCAACGAAGAAAUUGUUGAUCUCAAGGGUGAGCUCUUGAUGCUUAGGCUUCAGAAAUCGGUCAGGAACGAGUUCAAGCCCAGCGAGUUUGGCCGAAUGCGCAAAAGGGUUGCUCGCAUGCUCACUGUCAAACGGGAAAGGGAGAUCGAGGAGGGAAUCAACAAGAGGUUGUCAAGAAAGCUCGACCGGCAGUGGAAGAAAAGCAUUGUCGUGCGGCCACCUCCGUCCCUGAAGAAAUUGCAAGAGGAAGAGGCAGCUGCAGAAGCUGAGAAAUCUUGAUAUGCUAAAUCAAGUGUUUAUUGAAUGAAAAUGAUAUUCUUGGUGUUACUGGAGCUUCUUCAGAGUUGUUUGUUUUCUGUAUUAGUAGACCAUUUAUACAUAAAUUUGUUCGUUGGUUGAUAAGGAAAGGCUUGGCAGGGCCCAUGAUUGAGCAGUAAAAUUCUUUCCUGGGAAAAUUUGAAGCUGAAAUGAAAUGAGGUUGUCUAGGACUCCACCUUGGCCUUUCAUUUUA